UUCUUCUUCUCAUCAGCCAUGUUAGGAAAAGAAGAAUAUGGGCAAAGAAGGGAAACAAAAGGAAGUCUCUUUUUAAUAAUUUAAAACAAGCGUCGGAGUUGCGGUAUGAGUGAAAUACAUUAAAUUGCCAUGACAGAGGAAAAAGUACAUGUGGAUCCCGAAACCGGCAACAAAAUUCCCAUGAAGGAUGGCAAGCCUUGUAGAGUGUGUGUCGAUUUUAAAACAUGGACGAAAAUCGGAAAGGAGCCUUCGAGUAAAGCAGACAGCAAGACACCCAAGGUAGAUAAAGCACCCAAGGUAAACAACAAAAUAGAGGAACCACCCGUGAUGGAUGAGGAGUGGAAACGCAAUAAUUGUCCCGCUGACGUGAAAACCUUGGGAAGACACACUUGGACACUAUUACAUACAAUGGCGGCAUACUAUCCAGAAAAGCCUGAACCAAAGCAAAAAGAAAGCAUGAAGUCUUUUUUCCAAUCCUUUUCCGAGAAUUAUCCAUGUUGGUUCUGCAAGGUAACAAAAAGUAGCUACGCGAAAUUGCAUGACUAAUCCAAACCUUGCCUUUCUAUCUCCCAGAAUGACUUUCAAAAGGAUAUGGCAGAGAACCCCAUUAAUGUUGCUAGCAGAGAAGCUUUGAGUGAGUGGUUAUGUAAAAGACAUAACAAGGUCAACGAAAAGUUGGGAAAGAAGCAGUUUGAUUGUACAAAGGUUUUUGAGCGUUGGUUGACAGGUCCUCCUAAUGGGGACUGCGACAAAUAAAUAACGUUUGCUUACGUAAUAAACCUGUUUUUUUUUAUUUAUUUA